AUGAAGAAAUACUUGCUUUUUGAGAAUUCCCAGUAUUCCUAUAUUAUUAACAGUAUAAAAAAUGGAGAUGAAUCUGAAAUGCUAGCUGCGCUGAACGAUUUUUAUGAACAAUUGAAUUUGUCAGCUGAGGGAGGUUUGAGCAAUUCGACUUUAGAAGAAUAUAUGAACGUGCUUAUUCACGUUAUAAAAAGUCCUCACAUAAGUUAUAAUAGUGUUUAUGGAAGAAAUGAGAACAACAACAACAAUAAUAAUAAUAAUAAAAAGAAGAAUGUGAAAAAUUACACAAAUGACAAGAAAGGAAAUUCUUCUGAAAAGAUAAAUGAUGUUGUAGGUAGUGGAAUAAAUAGCUUUUUCAAAAUAAUCCAAGAGCAUAUGGGAGUUUAUGCCUCUGAUUUUGAUGAAGGUGAAGAGAGUGAGUCGGAUUUUAGUGGUACUAAAGAAGAUAAGAAGAAAAAGAAGAAGAAAAAAAAAAAAAAGAACAAGGAAAAAAAUAAAAGUAGUAAUAAUAUUAAGGAAAAGAAGAAUUUACUUGAAUUAUUAAAUGUGAAGGAGGAAGAUGACAUAAAUGAAGGUGUGGAAAAUUGUGAAGAAGAUGUAAAGGAUGAAGACAAGGAAAAUAAUUCAGAUAAUAAUAAGAAUGAUGAUAAAAAGAAGAGGGAUAAUAAGAAAAAGAAGGUUGAUAAAAAAAAUGAAAAUAAAAAUGAAAAUGAAUCAAGUAAAGAAGAUGAAGAAAAAGGAUUAGAUAAGGUACCUAAGAAAAAAAAAUCAAAAGAGAAGAAUGUUUCAAAAGAGAAUAUGAAGAAAAUAGAGAAUAAUAUUAAAACAGAAAUAAUAAUAAAUUCAGAGGAAGAGAGUGAAGAAGAUUAUUCUUAUUCAGAUAAUAUGAGUGAUAAUAAUUCAUCAAGUAGUACAAGUGAGUGUACAAUAGAAUCAGAGAAUGAGAAAUUUUUUCUGAGUAAUAUAAAUUGUGUAGAUGUAAAAUAUAUUACUAUAAUUUAUACAGCUACAUGUUGUAUAUAUACUAUUUUAGAUAUAUAUCCGAAUUCUAUAAAAUAUAUAAUUAAUAACAAAGAAGCUGUGUACAUAUUAAAUAAAAAAUUGAAUGAUAUUGAAUAUAUUGAUGUUGCAGAAGUAAUAUUAAAAAUUUUUGAAAAGUUAGUAGAGAAGGAUCCAAUGCUUAUAUUAAAAAAGAAGAGUAUUAAAUAUAUGUUAAUGCAUAUAGAUUUUUAUAAUGUAAAUAUACAAAAGAAAAUAUUUUUUUGUAUUAUUCAAAUGAUUAAUAAUAUAACUAAAUAUAAACAUAUUACAAAAUAUAUAACUCCAUAUUGUAAUAUCUUUAUUAAUUUUUUUCAUUAUCAUUAUAUUCAUAUAUUAAAUAUUAUAUGUACUUUAUGGAGAUCGUUUCUUGAUAAAAUGAUUACCUUGAGAUUAGAAGAGGAAAAAUUAGCCAUGGAGGAUAUGCUUGGAAUAAGUAGGAAUAAAAAGGAUAAUGAACGUACAUCAUAUUUGAGUAAAUUAAUAGAAAAAAAAAAGGAUAAGAAAAAAUCAAAAAAGAAAAAUGGAAAUAUAAAUGCGAAUGUGAAUAUUUUGGAUGAUGGAGUACGACUAGAAAAAAGAAAGACAAAAGGUAAUAAUACGAACAAUAAUAAUAUAAAGGUGACAGCUAUCUAUGAUAAUGACAUAAUCGAAAUAUCCGAUGAGGAUGAGUCUGUAAAUUUGAUGGAUAAAAAUAUAAGAAAGAAGGGAAGUGCGAGUAGUUCAAAGGGUAAAAGAAAGAAGAGUACAUGCAAUGAUAAGAUAAGAGGAGUAGAUAUAAAUGAUGUGGUUGUAACAAAUGAAUCAUUGCAAGAUAAUAAUAAUAAUAAAAGUAAUAGUAAUAAUAAUGAAGAUGUGGAAGAUAAUCACAAUAAUAAUAAUAAUAAUAAUAAUCACAAUAAUAAUAAUAAUAAUAAUGGUGAUAAAAGUAAGGGUAGAGAUAAAAAUAAAUUGAAAAAUAACUAUAAUAAUAAGUUAUUAUUAAAUAUGAUUCAUUUAAAUAGUGAUGAUAAUAUAUAUUAUAAAUUAAGUUCCGAAAUAGAAAGUAUUUAUAAUAUAAAUAUUCGAGAUAAUAUUAUAAAAUUAUUAAUUGAAUGUCAAAUAGAAGAUAAUUUAUAUGCCUUUAUGGAAACGUUUUAUAUAAUAUCUAUAUUAGUUCAUUAUAGUAAUAAUGUAUUAGAAGAUUUUUGUAAAUCGGAAUUUUUAAUUAAGUUUAAUGAAUUUUUUGGAAAUAAAAAAUUUCGAAGUAAUAAUUUUCUUAUCAUAUAUAUUUUAUUUACAUUAUAUUCUUUUCUACCUAUGUGUACAUAUAAUGGAAAAUUAAUAUAUGAAUAUGAUAAUAAGAGGGAUAUCAAGGAUGAAGUAUUUUAUGAGAAUAUAGGUGAAUUUAUAAAUGAUGAGAUAAUAACCAAAAAAAAAAAAAAAAUAGAUAAUAUAGAUAAUAUAGAUAAUAAUGAAAAUGUUGAAAAUAAUAAGAAUGAUAAAGAUUUUAUCAACACAAGUUGUCAUUAUAAUAACAAAUUUGGUAUGUUAGUAUACAAAUUUCCAAUAGAUGUGAAGAAAUAUAAAUUAACGUUUUAUAGAAACAAUUUGGGCCAUUUAUUUAGCCUUAUAAAAAUAGUGAUACCAAAUAUAUAUUACAUAUACGAAGAGACAUUAUAUUAUGAUAUAAAAUAUAUGUGUAUUUUGAUAUGUUUAUCAGUUUUUAUAUCAUUAUAUAAAAUAUCGUUAACAUGUUAUGAGGGUGUUGAAUUUUUGAAUUGUUUAAAAUAUAUUUUUUCAUAUAACAAAGAAAUGUAUUCUUUCUUGAGGAGUGUAAUAUUAAAUCAUUUAUCUGAGACAUCUAUAUUAAGUGGUAUUACAAUAUGUAAAAUAGUAGAAUAUUUUACUUUAUUAAUAUUAAGAAAUCCUGAUUCUUCCAUAUUACAUGUUAAUAAUGUAGAAAAUGAAGUAUCGACUAUAUUAAAAUGUAUUAAUAAGAAUGAAGAUAUGAAUGGUGGUCUUUUAUUUAAUAUUAGCAAUUUGAUGAGAGAUUAUAAUAAUAGAUAUUUGUAUGUAUUAUUAAAUAUAAUACAUAAAAUAUUAUUAAAAAAAAAAGAAGAAAUAUUAGAAUGGGAGGAUAAAAAAGAAAGUAGCUGUAUAUGUUUCAAUAAAAAUAUAUAUAAUAUAAUAUUUAUGUAUUUUUAUGAUAUUUUCAAUAAUAAAAUGUAUAUAAAAAAAAAUGAUGAUAAGGGAUGUAAUAAUUCAACAAAGGAUUUAUUAUUUUUUAACAGAGAUAGAGAAAUGAUGAAUGUGUUUUUAGAAUAUAGUGAAUUAUUUUUUAAUUACGAAAAGGAGAAAAAAAUAACUAGACAAGGUGAGAAUAUAUGUAGUUAUUUUAAGAAUGAAAAUAUAAAGGAGGAAUUAGGUUUUGAUGAAAUUAUGGUAAUAAAGAAUUUUAUACAUUCAGAAGAAAAAUGUUAUAAUAAUAUGAUAUUAUGUUAUUAUUACUUGAUAUAUUUAUUUUCUAAUUUGACCGAAAAAAAAGAAGAUUCAUGUAUAUAUUUUUAUCAAUAUAAUAUAGGAAAACGAUUAUAUUUCUUUUUAUACCAAUCAUUAUUAUAUAGUAAUAACAUGAAGGAAUAUAAUAUGAAUGUAUCUAAAUACUAUACCGAAGAUAUGAUAAUUAAAGAGAAGAAUAAAAUGGAUGUUUUGGAAUUAUUAAAAAGUAUUGAUAGAAAUAUUCGUUUAUAUAUAUUUUUAUAUGCUUUAUUAUUUGUUAAUAAUAAAAGAAAAGAAGAUAUGGUACAUGGUUUAUUUUUGAAUAGUAUAAAAAUGUUAUAUAAAAUAUUUUCAGAAAAUAUGUUAGGAGAGAAAAAUAUAGAAGAUAUUAAUAGUAAUGAUAUUAUGCAUAUAAAAUCAUUAGUUGUAAAAAUAUUUGAUUCAUAUCAUUAUUAUUUAAUAAUUAAUAAUUUAUCAUUUAAAAGUUGUUAUGAACUUAUAAAAAUAAUCAAGGAAUGUUUAAAUAUUUAUGAUCACUUUCCUAUAUAUUUUUUCAAAGAUAAUUUUUCAAAUAAGAAUAAUACGAAAAGGGUAUGUGCUCAUAAAUUUUAUGAUUAUAUAAAUGUAAACGACCCGAAAGGUAAAGGUGAAUAUGAAGUUGAAGGUGAUGAUGAAGGUGAAGAUGAAGGUGAAGUUGAAGGUGAAGAUAAAGGUAAAGGUGAAGAUAAAGGUAAAGAGGACGAUGAAGAUUAUGAUGAUAAUAAUAAGGACGAUGGGAAUGGAAAAAAGAAAAAGAAAGAGAGAGAGAAAAAAAAAAAAAAUGAAUUAUUUUAUGAAUGGAAAAAGGAAUAUGAUGAAUUCCCAUCAUUAAAACAAGAUUUUUCAUAUAAUAUAUAUUCGAGGAAUAGAAAAUCUAGCGAGCUAUCAAAAAAUAGCAAGGCAAAAAAGAAGAAGGAGGAUAAAAAUGUUUCAUGUGCUACUUCUCCCAAUAUGGAUAGUAUAAAUAAUAAUGAAAUAAUAAAAAAUACGAAUGAAAAUAAGAACAGUUGUAAUUAUAAUAUUAAGGAAGAUGAUGAAUCUGGUAGUAGUAACAAAAGUAUUAAUAAUAAAGCAAAAGGAAAUGAUGAUUCUAUGAAUAAAAUAGAUACAACAAAUAAUAAUAAGAAAAUAAAUAAAACGAAAGACGAUGAACAUAAAGAGAAACAUAAACAUAAAGAUAGUUAUGUUGAUCAAGAAACAUUAGAAAAAAUGGAAAUACUCAAAAGGAUUGAGAAAGAUUAUGAAGAAAAUAAUAAGAAGAAAAAUGCACAGAAUGAAGUAAAUCUUAUUAGUGAUCAUGAAAAAAAAGGACAUGAUGAAGGGGAUAUUAACAAUAGUGAAAAGGUUGUAAUUGUUGAACAUACUGGAGAUAAAGAUGUUGAAAUUAUAAAAGAAAUUUUGCCCAAUAAAAAAAAAAAUAUAAAAGAAAAUAAAGAUAGGGAAGGAGACGACCAAGAGGAUAUAAAUAAAAUAAAUGUUGAAGAUGAAGAAAAGAAAAAGAAAAAUAUGACAACAAAUAAUACAUGUAAUAAAAUAAAUAAGGAUAAAAAGAAAAUGUCUGCAAUUCGUUAUUAUGAUAAUAAUAGAGGAGAAUAUAAUAUGUAUAAUUAUUUUAAUAACAAUAGAUAUAUAAAUUAUAUACCAAAGGAUUUCUUUUAUGAGAAUCUAUUUAAUGAAAGUAUUAAUAAUUUAACACUGGAUAAGAGUAAUAAAAAUAAGAGUAUGUAUAAUAAUUAUAAUUGUCAUUUUCCUAUACAUUUAAGAAGAAAUGGUUUAUAUGUAGAUAAUGUGUCUAUUUUUGGAAUGUUGAAUAAGGGAAUAAAUAUUUCUUUAAGUGAACAAGAUCAAAUAAAGGAUAUAUUAUUAGAUGAAUAUAAACAUAAUGUUCUAAACAAAAAUGAAGAUAAUAAACAAAAUAAUUUCAAUGAUUAUUUUGAAGAUGUAUUCAUGUUACCUAGGCAUAAGAAUAAAAAAUGUAUAACUGAUGACGGUUCAUUGAUAUCAAAGGAUAGGAAAAGUUUUAUGACUACAAAUAUGUCUGUCUCUGAAAAAGGUGCAUGCACCGCGAACAAUAAUAAGAAUAAUGACAACAAUAAUAAGAAUAAUGACAAGAAUAAUGACAACAAUAAUAAGAAUAAUGACAACAAUAAUAAGAAUAAUAACAACAACUAUAAUAAUAAUAAUAAUAAUAAUAAUAUGAAUGUGAAAAUACCUAAAUAUUUCUUUAAAAAUAUUAUUGAUAAGGAGAAAAGAAAAAUACACGGAUCAUUCAACAUUUUUGAAACGUUCAAUAAGGUUGAAAAUCUUGUUAGAAAAAAUAUGAAUAAAUGUAUUGGUAAAAGUCUAUAUCCUAAUAAAUAUUAUUCAAGAGAUGAUGAUGAUUUAAUUAUUUUGUCAGUUAAUGGAAUAGAUGUUCAUAAUAAUUCAUGCUUAUCAGAAUAUUUAAUGAAACUAAAUGAAGAUAUGUAUUAUAUGAAUAAUAAUUCUUUAUGUGUAAAUGAUGAAAAUAUUUUUUGUAACAUAGAAAACUUUUAUAUAUAUAAUGAUGUAGUAGAAAAUAUUCCACCUCAAUUUUUUGGAUUAAAAAAUAAUAUAAAAUAUUUGUGGAAUAAUAAUUAUAAUAUAAAUAAUAAUAAUAAUAUAAACAAUAUGAAUAAUAUGAAUAAUAUGAAUAAUAUAAACAAUAUGAACAACAUGAACAACAUGAACAAUAUGAACAAUAUGAAUAGUGUUGGUGCUCUUUUAUGUGGUGGUAAUUCUUAUAACACUAGAGGUUCACACGAUAUUACUUAUAGAAUAAUUAAAAAGAGAAAAAAUAAUGAUAGAAUAUCUAGACCCCUAUAUGAUGUCGAAAGGACGUUAAAUAUGAAUGAAAAUAAUAAUAUAUAUAGUUUGAAUAAGAACAAUAAUAGUGUAAAUUAUAAAGGAUGUGAAAGUAGUAGUCGAAAUAACUCAUUGUUUAUGAAUUUGAAAAAGAAGAAAGAAUCUAACGAUCUUUUGUAUACUGAUGAUAGUAAGAAGUAUUAUGUGAUGAAACCAAGAGCAGAUGAACAAGAAUCAUUAGUACAACGAGAACAACAAGAGAGUGUUUCAAAUUAUGUUGAUUGGGUUACUUAUAAGAAAAUAAAAACAAGUAUAAAUACACCAUUAUGUUGUAAAAUGGUUAAUGAGAAGUAUAAUUAUUAUAAUAUAUCCUAUGAUUUAUUUAAACAUUUAUAUGAUAAUAAAAUGGAUUGUGUGAAUAAGAACAAUAUGAAUAAUGAACAUGUAGUUUUAGGAAAUUGUAUGAACGAAUCGUUUGAAAAUAAUAGUUUAAUAAAACAUGAAGUUAAUAAUACAAGAGAGGAUCCAGCUAGUACUUUUAAUAUGUCUAAAGGUGAGAUUGCUUCCUUUGAUAAGAAUAUGAAUAAUUCUGACCUUAAUAGUAAAAAUAAUAAUAAUAAUAAUAAUAAUAAAAUGAAUAAUUUUGAUUAUAUAAGUGAAGGUAAAAAUAUGGUUAUUUUAAGGGACGGUACGAAUUUGAGUACAUUAGGAAAAUCAUAUUUUUUAAGAAAUCAUUUAAUCAAUAAAUAUAAAGAAAAUGAACUUCAUUUUUUAUUUUCACAACGUCAAUAUGUUGAAGAUGAUUGCAUGUAUUUAUCACAUUAUUUAAGUAUGGAAAUGAUGAAAGCCACUGAACUUAUAUUUAUGGAUGAACAUUAUAUUAAUAAAGAUAUAAUGCUCAGUACUCAUAUUCAUAAUAUUAAUUUUUUAGUACAGAAAGAAGGUGAAGGAAAUAUGUAUUCUGAAGAGAAUAAAAACUUUAUGAAACAUUUUAAUGCUUUAGAACUUUUGAGAAGAAAAGAGAAAAUAUUAUUUGAUAAAUUUAGAAAUAAUAAUUAUUAUGAUUUAUUUAAAAUGAACAAGGAAUGUGUUAAUUUAGAUAUGGAAAAUAUAUAUAAGAAUUAUGAUGAGAAUAAUGAAGAAGAUUUUUAUUUAUUAUAUAAUUAUAUGCCUAUAUACAAUGAAAUGAUUAAAAGUAAUGUUAUGAUGUAUGAAGAAGGAGAAGUUAUAUUAAAAAGUAUAGAUAACACGAAAAGGUUCUUAGGAGAUGAUUUAAAUUAUCAUAAUAAUAAAGAAUUAUAUAAUCGUGAUAAUAAUAUAUAUUUAAAAAAUGAAUUAAAUUUAAAUAAUAUAGAGAAUUAUAAUAAUAUAUCAUGUGAUAAAAAUAACGAAGAGAAGAAUAUAUUUUUAGAUAAUAUGUUUAAUUUUUUAAUUUAUAAAUUUCUCUAUUUAUUAUGUAAACAUUUUAAAAUGUGUGAUGUUGGUACUUUUAUGAAUUUUUAUAAUAACAAUGGUGAAGAAUAUUUCAAGUAUAAUGAAUAUAUAAUAGAAGCAAGAGAAAAUAGUUUAUUAUUUGAAGAAACAAAAACAGAAAUAUAUAAAUUUAAAUAUUUAUUUGAAAAAUCUGUGAAUAAUCAUUCUAAUAAUUAUGAUAAUAGUAGUAGUGAGUAUUUGAAUGAAUUUAAUUUUAUAGAGAACGAGAAAAAUAUUGAUAUACAUGAUAUUAAAAAAAAAGAUUUUUUAUUAAAUAGUAUAAAUAAUAAAGUAAUAUAUUAUUUAAAUAACCCAUUAUUUAUAUUUAGUGAAAAAUUACCUUCAUGGAUAUAUAAAAUAUUUUAUUUAUUUAAUUUUGUUAUAGAUAUUGAUAUAAGAUUAUUAUUUUUCGAAUUAAUAUAUUUUGGUAAUUAUAGGGGAUUAUAUAAUUAUAAACAGAAAAUAAAGGAAUUAGUGGAAAAAUUUAAUGAGAAAGUUAAUUUCGAUAAUUCUAUCCUAUCAGAAGAACAUUUAUUAUCUGUUUGUGCUAAUUAUACAUAUAAUUGCGAUAAAAAAAAAUUAUUUAAUUUUUUAUCGGAUAAUAAUAUAUUAUCGUUACCAAGAACAAAAAUAAAAUUACAUAGAAAUAAAAUAAUUGAAUCUUCGUUAAGAAUAUUUAAUCAUUUACAUUAUAUUCAUUCAAAUUAUAUUACCCCUUCCUUUUUGGAUAUCGAAUUUUUUAAUGAAGAAGGAAUUGGUUUAGGUCCUUCCUUAGAGUUUUAUAAUGAAGUUAUAGAAGAAUUAAAAAAAGAAAAAUUAAAGUUAUUUAAAAUUGAAGAUAAUUAUCUCUUCCCAAUAUCUUACAAAAUUAAUUUAAACAAUUUUGAUUUCAAUUUAUUAAAGAAGCCCAAAAGUUCAGAAAUUGUCGGCUCAAAUAAUAAAUCUUUACAUAAUAACAUGUAUCCAUCUAGUUCCUACCACCAACCUACUUCUUUAAAUAAACGAAUUAAUAUAUUAAAUGAUGGUACAAGUAAUCAUACCAAUAGUUAUAGUUCUGUUAAUAAUUUGAUAAAUCAUUUCUUGUUUUCCAUGAAUUCAAAUAUUUUCCAGAGGGAGUCUCAUAGCAAAAGCAAUGGUAAGAGUAAAGUGGAUAAUAAUAAUAAAGUGAAGGGUGAAGUUAAAAAUCGAAAAAGCACCAAAAAAUGUAAAUCUGAAAAAAAAAAUGGGGAUGAUUAUUUAGGUGAUGAUCAAGAGGGAAAAGAAGAUGUUCCUGAUGAUGAUAAAUAUAAGUACGAUGAUAAUUAUGAUCAUGAAGAAGACGACUAUGAAGAUGAUUAUGAGGAUGAUUAUGAGGAUGAUUAUGAGGAUGAUUAUGAAGAUGAUUAUGAGGAUGAUUAUGAGGAUGAUUACGAAAACGAUUACGAAGAGGAUUACGAAGAUGAUUACGAAGACGAUUAUGAAGAUGCUUAUGAUGAACAAAAGGGUCCCAUUGAUUAUGAUAAAGAUUAUGAUAAAGAAUAUGACGAUGAGGACGAAGACAAAAAAGAUAGCGAUAUGUUAAAUAGCGAAUUUUUUGGUAAUCGUUUGAGAAACAGAAAAAAUAAAAAAAAUCUUAAAUAUGUGACUGAGAAUGUAAAUAAAAAUAAUAAAAAUAAAAAAAGUAAGAAAAAUAAAAAAAAUGAGUCCUGUGUUGUUGAUUCGAAACAGAAAUGUAUUACUUCCACUGAUAAAAGAAAAAACAAAAAGAAUAAGAAAAAUGAUGAAAAGAUGGAUAACGCAGAGGAACAUGGCAAAAAAGAAGAUAUCUUAGCAAAAGGAAGUUCUAGAAGAUCAAGUUCGAAGAAAAAGGGUUCAUUAAAAAUAAAUAAUAAGGAAGAUGAUGAAAAGAGUGCACUAGAUGAGAACCAGGAAGAUAGCAAAUUACAAACCUUAGAUAAGGAAUCUGAUAAAACAAAAGAGAAUUUAGAAGAAGAGAAAAUACAUGCUGAAAAAAAUAAAAAAAAGAGAACUCGAUCAUAUAAUAAUACAGAUCAAAAGGAAAAGAAACAAGUUGAAAAUAUACCUGAUGACAAAGUGUAUGAAGAAGCACACGGAGGUUUGUCAAAUGAUGACAAAGAAGGUAUUCAAAAAGGAAAAAUUAAAAAAAGCACUAUUAAGAAAAAUAUAAAUAGUGAUAAAGGUGAAGACUCUGAAAAAAAUGUAUCCAAAUUAAAUGAAACGAAAGAAAAAGAAGUUGUGAUUAUUUCUUCAAAUAAAAAAUUAAUUGAAAAUGUAUCAGUUAAUUCAACUGACAUGUUGAAUAAAAAAAAAAAUGGAAACUCUUGUCAAGUUGUAAAAGAAGAAUAUAUGGAAAAAUCAGAAAAACAGUGUUGUAAAUUGUUAGACAAAACAUUUGAAGAUGAAAAAAAAAAAAAAAUAAUAAAUGACAAUAAUAAUAAUAAUAAUGAACAUGAAAAUUUUGAUGAAUGUACAACAACAAUAGAAAAUAAAAAUAAUAAAAGUAUUAUUACAAAAGAAGAGAAUGGUUUGGAAGAAAAAAGUAAAAGCAGUAAUAAAGAUGAAAUGCAACAAUGUGUUACAGAACAAAAUGAAAAUAACAUUUUAGAUGAGGAUAAAAAUAUAAAUGUGCCUAUAAAAAAAUAUAAGUUAUUUACAAAAGAUUUUGAGGAACAUUUUAUGAAAGAAGAUAAAAAUAUUGAUAUGAAUAAAAAUGAAAAAGAAGAACAAAUUAAAAAAAAUGUAAAUAAUAAUAGUCCAAUAAAUCUAAGUGAAUCUGUAACACAAAAUAUAAUAAAUUCUUUACUUAAAGAAAUAGAAAAUAACAAAAUGCCUGUACAAGAAAUAAAUGACAAAAUUCAAAAUGCAAAUAAUAAAAAGUUAGAUAACCAAAAUGUGAAUAAUGAAACUACUCAAAAUAUACGCUCAAAUGUAAUUUCAAAUAAAACUAAAAAGACCUCAAGUGAUAAAAUUAAAAAAAAAACUGUACAUAUAGAUCAAGAUACAUUAGAAAAUAGGUUAUUCAAAUAUUUUAAAUUACUUGGACAGUUGUGUGCAAAAAUAUUGACCGAUAAUAGAAAUAUCAAUGUUAAUUUACAUCCGUUAUUUUGGUACUUGGUGAUGAGUAAUUCGUCCUAUAUCAAUUUAUCCAAAUUUCAUCAUUAUCACGCC